UUAGAGCCAUGAUGUUCUUCAGGCCAAGGUGUUUGGCUUUGCUCAGGUACCCAGUGAUCUUCUCUUUGGUCUGGUUGCAGCAGGUCAGGUGCAGGAUGCUCUCCAGGCCACAGUAGUUGACCGCUGUGCUGGCGAUCAUCAUGGAGGAGGUCUCCUUGUCCGAACCCGGGUCCCCCGCCGGAUGCCAGUGUUCAGAUGGGGAUAAGAAGUGCCAUCUGUGGACGGUGGUUGACCUGGCCUUCUUUGUCCUGAUGGGGGUGGUGGAAGGGCUGCUCGGGACCUUCUUCAACUACAUCAACAAGAGGCUGGACAAGUACCGCAUAAGACAUGUCCACCCCAAGGGUCCUGGAGAGCCUGCUGGUCGCCAUGGUGACGACGGUGGUGAUAUUCGUGGCGUCCAUGACAUUGGGCGAAUGUCGCGACUUGGCCUCCCCCACAACCAGCAACAACAGUACAGCGCCGGUGUCACUCAACGAAAACGUCAUCAACUCCACCAUCCGCCAGUUCUUCUGUCCCAACAAGACAUACAACGACAUGGCCACUCUGUUCUCCAACUCUCAGGAGGUGGCCAUCCACCAACUUUUCCACCAGGACGGUGAGACAGGACCUGACCUAGGAUCAGUUUGACAUUUUAGAUCAGGGUUUCCCAAUAGGCCAAAUUUGUCCCAUCGCUGAAUGUAAUUGGGGAGCCCUGUUUUAGGCCAUAAUGAAUGUGAUUAUGGACAGGCUUCCAUCUGAUCUGAAGGGCAAAACUUAUCCCCCUCCUGUACUAAACAGCAUGCUCAAUGAAGAAUCUCCAUGUAAAAGUACUUCUUAGUUCCAGGACCAGGCUUAUUCUGUGUUUUCUUUGAACAGGGCUGUCUCUAUUGGGUGGGUGUACGUGCGUUACAUUGUUUAUGGGCCUAAUAAUAAAGAUGUCAUCUAACCUUUUAAUGUGG